CACUGGUCUGAGCCGUUGUCACCCGAUCCCCCAGAGUGGAAGCAGAUCUUGCUGUGAACAAGGACAAGGAGAAAAUGCCACGCAAGAUUGAAGGGUUCUUCUUAUUACUUCUCUUUGGCUAUGAAGGAUGAGGGUGAGGACCCCUGGUACCAGAAAGCAUGCAAGUGUGAUUGCCAGGGAGGAGCCAAUGCUCUGUGGUCUGCUGGAGCUACCUCCUUAGACUGUAUUCCAGAAUGCCCAUAUCACAAGCCCCUGGGUUUCGAGUCAGGGGAGGUCACGCCAGAUCAGAUCACUUGCUCCAACCCAGAGCAGUAUGUGGGCUGGUAUUCCUCAUGGACAGCAAACAAGGCCCGGCUCAACAGUCAAGGUUUUGGGUGUGCUUGGCUUUCCAAGUAUCAGGACAGCAGCCAGUGGUUACAGAUAGAUUUGAAGGAGAUCAAGGUGAUUUCGGGGAUCCUUACCCAAGGACGCUGUGACAUAGACGAGUGGAUGACCAAGUAUAGUGUGCAAUAUAGGACUGAUGAGCGCCUGAACUGGAUUUACUAUAAGGAUCAGACUGGAAACAAUCGGGUCUUCUAUGGAAACUCAGACCGGAGUUCUACAGUCCAGAACUUACUGAGGCCCCCUAUCAUUUCCCGCUUCAUCCGACUGAUCCCUCUAGGCUGGCAUGUUCGAAUUGCCAUCCGGAUGGAGCUGCUUGAGUGUGCCAGCAAGUGUGCCUGAUACCUAUUUCAGCUUAGUCCUGCCACUUGCAGGGAGAGCUUUGGGGAAGGGACACCCUGAAAUACCACUUUGAUGAAUGGGGCUAUAUCUUAUAAGAACUUUACAAUGUAGAUCUGGAUAGAGAAUAUUUCACUUUUAAAAGAAAGUUUCAAAUUUCAACGAGAGAGAGAAAAAAAAGAGCUUUUC